AUGACAGCCAUCUUGGAGCGGAUCAGCACACUGUCCCUCAGCGGGCAGCAUCUCAGCCGUCUCCCAAGGCUGCUGGAGGAUGGCUUCCCCAAGAUGCCUUGCACGGUCAAAGAGUACGAGGUACCGCAGCUCUUCCGUGAGCCGUACAUCCACACCGGGUACCGUCCCACCGGCCAGGACUGGCGGUACUACUUCCUUAGCCUCUUCCAGAAGCACAAUGAGGUAGUGAACGUAUGGACUCAUCUCCUGGCAGCGCUGGCUGUGCUGCUGAGAUUCAAGACGUUUGUGGAGGCUGAGGAGUUACCCGUGGACGCGUGGUCCUUGCCUUUGCUCAUCUUUGUCCUCUCCUCUGUCACCUACCUGACCUGCAGCCUCUUGGCCCACCUACUGCAGUCCAAAUCUGAGCUGUACCACUACACCUUCUACUUUGUGGACUAUGUUGGAGUCAGCAUCUACCAGUAUGGUAGUGCCCUGGCCCAUUUCUAUUACAGCUCUGACCAAGCCUGGUACGACAAGUUUUGGCUUUUCUUCCUGCCGGCAGCUGCUUUCUGUGGCUGGCUGUCUUGUGCUGGCUGCUGCUAUGCAAAAUAUCGGUACCGACGGCCUUACCCCAUCAUGAGGAAGAUGUGCCAAGUGAUCCCAGCCGGGCUGGCGUUCAUCUUGGAUAUCAGUCCUGUCGCUCACCGGGUGGUCAUGUGUCACCUGGGGGGCUGUGAGGAAGAUGCUGCUUGGUACCACACGUACCAGAUACUGUUUUUCCUUAUCAGUGCUUAUUUCUUCUCCUGCCCGGUCCCUGAGAAGUACUUCCCUGGCUCCUGCGAUAUCUUUGGCCAUGCCCACCAGAUCUUCCACACGUUCCUGGCCAUCUGCACCCUAUCACAGCUGGAGGCCAUUCUUUUGGAUUACAAGAACAGGCAGGAGAUUUUCCUGAAAAGACACGAGCCUUUCUCUGUUUAUCUCUCCUGCAUCUCUUUUUUUGGCCUGGUGGCUUUUAGUGCCUUCACAGCUUACAUCCUGCGAUGCAUGAUCAAGGCCAGCCUGGCUAAAAAGGACUCCUGAGAGUCAUGAACGUGAUGAGCAUGACAUCACCGGGGUAGUGAAAAAUCACGAAAAGGGGCGUAACAUAUUAGAGACAUAACUGUCUUAUUUGCCUAACACGCUGUGACUAACCGGGACGCUGGACUCGGGUAGAGGGCUGGAGACUUCAUGCUGGAUGCAUUUUCACAGCAGGGACUUCCUUUUGUCAUCCAGGGAGACAUGGGGUGUUUUAAGCCAGAACAAGUCAUGUAACCAAGGAUGCUGGAGUAGGCAGAGGUUUCUUGUUCAUUCUGGUAAAC